AUGGCCUCUCAGCAACCUUUUGGUAUACCCACAGGUGCUCAGAAGCUCAAAAAUGUCACGGAACUGGUCGAAGCCCUCACCGCAGAUCUCGAAGAAGAUCAGUUUCUUCCAGAUGGCCGCACUACGGCUCUAGAACAGCUUAAACUCUACAGUCGAGACCCCAGGAAUGCCGAACCUCUCUACUCGGAAGCAGGCUUCACUAUGCUUCUCCGCCAUGCCUAUGACAAACCAUCUACCAAAUCAGCUCAGGCUGCACUCAAGGUCAUAGCUAAUUUGAUGCUUCUCGUCCCUCCUACGCGGCAUAUGUUUGUCGACAAGGGUUUUGCUCCCAAAGCCAUCAAAGAACUAGACACUGGAAAUUAUGAUGAUGAAUUUCUCAACUCUCGUAUCUUAUUCCUUACCACAUAUGAAACAAAGAUCGACCUGAAGGAGCUCCUCGAUAAAGAGAAACUGGCCGAUCGCAUUAUCAACAACCUAGCAAAGCAUGCAAAGGAAAUGGAUACCAAGGCCAAGGCCAAGGCUGACCCCAUGCAAGACAUGGCGCUCACCGAAACCGUAAAGCUCUUGUUCAACGUUACACACUGGUGUAACGAGAAAGCCUCACUUUUCAAUCCUGCAGUCCCUCAUCUGAUUGCUGUACUGUUCAAGACUGAAGUUUCCCAAACGAAGCCGCUUGACCCUCCAGUCGGAUUCAUCAUCAACGGUUUCCUCAAUCUUGACUUGAGUACCCCAGAGAGCCAGGAGGCUCUUCACCCCAAGAGCGAUCCCGAGAGGGUAGUAUCUAGGGUGAUCGACAUCCUAGAUGUCUCCAUUCGAACCAUUCCCGACGAGCAGAAGGAUCCUUCCGUUGUGCCAGUCCUUGGCCUCGUAAGAUCGAUAUACGAACAUGCGCCUGAUUCUACCAAAGUGUUCAUUCGUGAAAAGCUCUUGCCGACGGAAGAAGAGAGAAAUGAAGUUAUCGGCAAAGGUCACAGCUUACCGGCCAAACUACUUCAAAACAGCAAUAACCCCAUGGCCCCGUCAUUGCGCAAUCUGAUCCAACAUGUGCUCUUCGAGCUGUCUGAUAAGGAUGCCUCUAAGUUUGUCGAGAACGUGGGUUAUGGCUUUGCAUCUGGCUUUCUUUUCCAAAACAACAUCCCGAUUCCGGCCUCGGUUGCAGAGGCUCACGGCACUGGUGAUGCGGCUAAGGCGCAGAAGCCAGUCAACCCAAUCACUGGCCAAUUUGUUGAUGCUGAAAAGCCAGUUGGCGAGCCUGAGAUGACGGAGGAGGAGAAGGAACGAGAGGCCGAAAGACUCUUUGUAUUGUUUGAACGAUUGAAAAAGACAGGCAUCAUUGACGUUCAAAACCCGGUGGAGGCCGCCGUGAGGGAGGGUCGUUUCAGAGAACUCAAAGAUGAUGAGUCAAAGUCAGCGUCGCCCAACACCACCCGCAACACAAUUUUCCUACAACGAGCAUACUCACACAAGGACCUGAGUUUUAAAGAAGACCCCAUUGUCGUGAAGGCAAAUCUUUUCACUUCUCUUUCGCUCUUCAGCAAGAUGCCUCCCUCCAAGCCUAAGCCCACUAUUUUCUAUGCACGCGAUAAGUCCCCCGUGGAGGAGCACAACGGGCCUCGUGCUAGUAUUGAGGGAGGUGGUGGAGAAGAGGAAGAAGAGCUCAUGCUAAAGGUUGUGUCUGACCUCGUGGACUAUGCGAGUUCCGAAGAGGAAGUCGAUUCCCCGGAGCCUGAGAAAACCGAACAAGACUCCAAGCCUGAGAAGCGCUCUCUAUCUCCGGAAGACGAGAGCGAUGAAGAAGCCGCAGAUACAAAAGCAGCCCCUCCAGCCAAGCGCCAGCGUCGCUCGCGAGUGAACGGUUCAGUUCCACCUCGUCGCUCUAAGCGCGUCGCAUCCACUGCUAGCCUUCAGGAUGAGAAUACCUCUGGCGUGGAGAAGGAGAAGCCCGUUGCUGGAAAGAGGGGUCGUGGCCGUCCUCCAACCAAGAACAGAAUGACCAAGACUGAAACAGUGUCAGAGAGAAGCCCUCCUGCCAGAAAGAAGGCUACGCGUGGCGAGUCUACUACCGAAUGGGAGGUUGAGAAAAUCAUUGAUUCUCAGGUUGACGCUGAUUCCAAGGUACUCUACUACCAGGUCAAGUGGAAGGGGUUUGGCAACAAGGAGAACACCUGGGAGCCAAAGAAGAAUCUGGGUAAAUGCGGCAAGCUCAUCAAGGAUUUUGAGAAGGGUCAGUGA